AUGGGUAAACCGAACGGGUCUGUACACAAAGAUGGAUUCCAAUUUAUGGUAGACCAACAGAGUCUCAUGGGUUUUCCAUGGAUUAGCAUGUAUGGAACAGAUCCAAAUGUUCCUACAACUUUCAGUCGAGAAAAUUUUGAGGCUGCUAUGCUUCAUGUUAUUCGUGAACCAAACAUUAAUUCUACAGCAAUCCUAAGAGCAGAUAUCUUAUAUGAAGAUCAUUAUGAACUUGAAGAUGGGAAACCUGCUUUAAAGGAAUCUCAUAGAGAAAAAUUCGAUUUAUCCGAUACUGAUGCAAAAAGAAUAAAUGUGGAUGAAGAUACGCCAAGGGAAACUUUCUUACCACAAGAUUUAAAUCUUUUUGCCAAAUAUUCCAUCGUUAGACGUAUACUACCAAGAAACCCAUAUAAAGAUGCAGUGAUUAAUCAAACUUGUCUUGUAAUGAAUUCCACUGAUCCAGAAUUCAAAGAGACAUCUGCAAUCAUAUAUCAUCCGCAUUUAGAUAGUAGUGAUAUAUGCCCCUUUUAUAUCCCACAUGUCAAACAAGUGGCAAUCCUAUUUCAUAAACAAAGAAUCACAGUCCAUUACAUUCCCUUUGAAGAGGUCAAGAAUAAUGAAGUACCAGAACUACUAAAGGAUGAAUCACAAAGAGUCGUUAGAACUGCAUAUAGAUUAUUACAAACAGCAUAUAAACAUUCGCGAGGUGUUAUGACAGGUUAUGAGAAGAAAGUUAAUCACGAUGUUGUCGUUGAUAAAGUCAAAUUCCAGGAUCAAUACAUUAAUUUAAAGAAGAAAUAUUCUAAAUUUUUAGUUGAGAACUGGGCAGAGUCUACUGAUCCUAAAAAACAUGUCUUCGAAGAUAUCUCCAUUGCUGCAUUCCUAAUUGAACUUUGGAUUAAAAUCUAUGGUCCUGAUUUUAAGAAUAAAAUGCAAUUUAGAGAUCUUGGUUGUGGGAAUGGUGUCCUUGUUUAUAUAUUGGUUAGCGAAGGGAUUAAAGGUUAUGGUAUAGAUGCAAGACAUCGUAAAUCAUGGAGUAUAUUCCCCCAAGAUACCAAAAAUUGUCUUAAGGAACAAGUCAUUAUUCCAUCAAUUUUACUACGUCCACACCCUGAUAUUAAAAAACAAUACCCACAUCUAGAACAUAACGGUAGAUUGUUCCCAAUGAAAGUGGCACAUGAAUAUAUUGCACCAGCUACUAUUGUCUAUUCUAGUGAAGAUUUAUUAAAGUCUCCACAAGUGAAUAUUGCAGAGUUCCCAAGCGAUACUUUCAUAAUCGGUAAUCAUUCAGAUGAACUAACAUGUUGGAUUCCAUUGUUGGGCUAUCCAUUUAUGGUCAUUCCAUGUUGCUCACAUAACUUAUCAGGUAAUAGAACACGUUUCAAUGUCCGUAAAGGUGUAAAUAAUGGCAUCAAUGGUAACAGUUCAUACGCCGGUCUUGUAGAUCAUGUCGAAGAUAUCUCUACAAAAUUAGGUUGGAAGAUCGAGAAAGAGAUGUUAAGAAUUCCAAGUACUAGAAACGCUGCUGUUAUUAGUUAUGAAAACCAAGAUAUGGGGAAAUUCCCAACAGCAUCUGCAUAUGAUGUCCUCUUAGCGGAAGGUGGUGCCGAUAAUUGGAUCCAAAACACGAUGACCCUAAUGAAGGGCCAUCCAAGAUCUCAUUAG